AUGUUGCCCUACACGGUGAACAUCAAACUGUCGGCCCGGACCCUCACUGGGGCCCUCAACUCCCACAACAAGGCGGCUGUGGACUGGGGCUGGCAAGGUUUAAUUGCUUAUGGAUGUCAUUCCCUUGUGCUUGUAAUUGAUUCCAAUACUGCCCAGACUCUGCAGGUUUUAGAAAGACAUAAAGCUAAUGUCGUUAAGGUUAAAUGGGCCAAAGAAAAUUAUCACCAUAAUAUUGGCUCCCCAUAUUCUUUACGUUUAGCUUCCGCUGAUGUCAAUGGGAAGAUCAUUGUUUGGGAUGUAGCAACUGGAGUAGCUCGAUGUGAAAUACAAGAGCACAACAAACCUAUUCAGGACAUGCAGUGGCUAUGGAAUCAGGAUGCUUCCCGAGAUUUGCUACUUGCUAUACAUCCACCAAACUACAUAGUGUUAUGGAAUGCAGACACUGGCACCAAACUUUGGAAGAAGAGUUACGCAGAAAACAUCCUUUCUUUUUCCUUUGAUCCCUUUGAUCCUUCACAUUUAACUUUACUCACCAGUGAGGGGAUUGUAUUCAUCUCAGACUUCUCUCCAUCCAAAGCACCUGCCAGCUCAGGGAAAAAAGUUUACAUUUCCAGUCCACAUUCCAGCCCAGCUCAUAAUAAGACAGCUGCAGCCACAGGUGCCAAGAAGGCUUUAAAUAAAGUAAAAAUAUUGAUCACUCAAGAGAAACCUAGUGCUGAAUCUGUAACACUCAAUGAUUGUCUUCAGUUGUCAUACCUACCUUCCAAAAGGAAUCACAUGUUGUUACUUUAUCCAAGAGAAAUUUUAAUCCUUGACCUGGAAGUAAACCAGACAGUUGGUGUAAUUGCAAUAGAGAGAACAGGAGUACCAUUUCUACAGGUAAUCCCCUGCUUUCAGCGUGAUGGCUUAUUUUGCUUACAUGAAAAUGGUUGCAUAACUUUAAGGGUUCGAAGAUCUUAUAAUGCUAUUUUUGGGUCUUCAAAUGAAGAGUCAGAUCCAGAUCCAGUUCAGGAACUGACCUAUGAUUUACGAAGCCAAUGUGAUGCAAUUAGAGUGACCAAAACUGUUCGUCCAUUCAGUAUGGUAUGUUGUCCUGUCAAUGAAAAUUCUGCUGCUCUCAUUGUGAGUGAUGGAAGAGUUAUGAUAUGGGAAUUGAAGUCUUCCGUUUCUUAUAGAAACUAUCGUAACAGCAGUUCAGGUGCAUCACCUUUAUAUUCACCAAUAUCUUUCUGUGGAAUUCCUGUAGGAGCAUUACAAAAUAAACUCCCAGAUCUUUCUUUAGAUAAUAUGAUUGGGCAAAGCACAAUUGCUGGAGAAGAGCACUUAAGAGGCCCCACCUUACAGGAAGUACAUUUGAAGUUUUUGCUCACAGGACUUCUUUCAGGACUUCCUUUGCCACAGUUUGCUAUCCGUAUGUGUCCACCACUUACCACAAAAAAUAUAAAACAGUAUCAGCCACUGCUUGCUGUUGGCACAAGUAAUGGUUCUGUAUUGGUGUACCACCUUACCAGUGGGCUAUUGCACAAGGAAUUAAGUAUUCACUCUUGUGAAGUUAAGGGUAUCGAAUGGACAAGUUUGACAGGUUUUCUUUCAUUUGCUACCUCAACACCUAACAAUUUGGGAUUAGUGAGAAAUGAGCUUCAGCUGGUUGAUCUUCCAACAGGCAGAAGCGUUGCAUUUCGUGGUGAGAGGGGCAAUGAUGAGCCAGCCAUUGAAAUGAUUAAAGUGUCUCAUUUGAAACAGUAUUUGGCAAUUGUAUUCAAAGAUAAACCUCUGGAAUUAUGGGAUAUCAGAACCUGCACGCUCUUGAGAGAAAUGUCAAAAAACUUUCCCACAGUAACUGCUUUGGAGUGGUCACCAUCUCACAAUUUAAAGAGUUUAAGAAAAAAACAACUUGCUACCCGAGAAGCUAUGGCCCGACAAACUGUAGUAUCUGAUGCAGAACUUAGUAGUGUAGAAUCUUCUGUGAUCAGCUUGUUGCAGGAAGCAGAAAGCAAAUCUGAGCUGAGCCAGAACAUCUCUGCCCGGGAGCAUUUUGUAUUUACUGAUACUGAUGGGCAAGUUUAUCAUCUCACAGUAGAAGGCAACUCAGUAAAGGACAGUGCUCGAAUUCCUCCAGAUGGAAGCAUGGGUAGUAUUACAUGCAUUGCUUGGAAAGGUGAUACACUGGUUCUUGGUGAUGUGGAUGGAAACCUAAAUUUUUGGGAUUUGAAAGCCAGAGUGUCUAGAGGAAUACCAACACACCGAAGUUGGGUGAGAAAGAUCCGUUUUGCCCCUGGUAAAGGAAACCAGAAAUUAAUAGCUAUGUAUAAUGAUGGUGCUGAAGUCUGGGAUACUAAAGAAGUUCAGAUGGUGAGCAGUUUAAGAAGUGGAAGAAAUGUCACUUUCCGAAUAUUGGAUGUGGACUGGUGUACAUCAGAUAAAGUGAUCUUGGCAUCAGAUGAUGGAUGUAUCCGAGUCCUAGAGAUGUCAAUGAAAUCAGCAUGCUUUAGAAUGGAUGAACAAGAAUUAACAGAACCUGUGUGGUGCCCUUAUCUCCUUGUUCCAAGAGCUGCUUUAGCUUUAAAAGCAUUCUUAUUACACCAACCAUGGAAUGAACAGUAUUCUUUGGAUAUUUCACAUGUUGACUAUCCAGAAAAUGAAGAUGUUAAAAAUCAGCUUCAAGAACAGUUAAAUUCAUUGUCUAAUGACCUGAAGAGGCUGUUACUCGAUCCUGAAUUUACAAUCUUGCAGAGAUGCCUGCUUGUUGCAAGACUAUAUGGUGACGAAUCGGAGCUGCAUUUCUGGACUGUUGCUGCUCACUAUUUGCACAGUUUAUCCCAGGAAAAAUCAGUUAGUACAACAGACACUGAUAAUAUUUCCCUGCCUCAGGAAAAGGUGACCAACCCACUGGAUAUUUGUUAUGACAUACUCUGUGAAAAUUCAUAUUUUCAGAAAUUUCAACUGGAAAGGGUUAAUCUACAAGAAGUAAAACGGUCAACCUAUGAUCAUACUAGGAAGUGUGCAGAUCAGCUUCUUCUUUUGGGUCAGACAGACAGAGCUGUGCAGUUGCUUUUGGAAACCAGUGCAGAUAACCAGCACUAUUACUGUGAUUCACUGAAAGCUUGUUUGGUGACAACUGUCACCUCCUCUGGCCCUUCUCAGAGUACCAUUAAGCUGGUUGCUACCAAUAUGAUAGCUAAUGGCAAAUUGGCAGAGGGAGUUCAGUUACUCUGUCUGAUAGAUAAAGCUGCUGAUGCCUGCCGCUAUUUACAGACAUAUGGUGAAUGGAAUCGAGCAGCAUGGCUUGCAAAAGUUCGUUUAAAUUCAGAGGAAUGUGCUGAUGUUUUGAAACGAUGGGUUGAUCAUCUUUGCUCUCCACAAGUUAAUCAGAAAUCAAAGGCCAUCUUGGUCCUUCUGUCCCUAGGGUGUUUUACAAGAGUGGUGGAGAUGCUACACAGCAUGAGGUAUUUUGAUAGAGCUGCCUUAUUUGUUGAAGCUUGUCUAAAGUAUGACACAAUUGAAGUAAAUGAAGACACAAAAAAACUAAUUCUGGCUGUGUAUGCAGAUUAUGCUCGAAGUUUGAAGAAUCUUGGUUUUAAACAGGGAGCUAUCCUUUUUGCCUCAAAAGCUGGAGCAGCUGGAAAAGAUUUAUUGAAUGAACUCGAACAGUCUAAGACUGAAAUCACUGAAGAAUGACAAGUUUAUGCACACCAUAAAAAUUUGACAUUG